ACCUACAUAAUCAUCACAAUCAGCUGUUAUGAAGGUCCAUGAUCAUGAUUGUGUACAAACACGCAAAUCGUAAGUGAUCGUCAUGAUGUUUAUAAAAAUAGGUUCAUAGUAACAAUGAAACAAAGAAGAUCAAAAUUUUAAACAAAAACUAUGUUGCAUCAAAAUUAAUCAAGUUUUAACGUACUAUAUUGGUAUUUGCCUAAAUCGUAAAGUUCUAUAUCAGAUUAAAUGACACUGCAUUGUAACACAAUUACGCAACUCGCUGCCCUUUUACGGGAAAAUGGAGAUAAAAUAUUGGACGCUUCAAGCAGACUGUCCCUUUCUUCCAGUUUGUUACAUAAUCUUAAUCAGUCUAUCAUUACAGUGCUAUCACAAGAGACAGAUGAUAUGGAUGAACAUUUGGAUUUGAAAAUCGUCUACGACUUUUUACAGCAAACAGUAGCACUUAAAGUUUUGCCAGACUUUGCACAUUUCAGAGACAAAGCUCAAACUAUUGAUAUAUGCUUAUUUAAAAACCUAACAUUGCUUGAAAUUAAAUGGUUAAGUCUUAAACUAAUAAAGGGUAUAAAAAGUGUUCGCACACAGUUAGAAUAUUUAAUAUGUAUGCAUAGUUUGAAUGCACUACAUGAAGUGUUGGAAAGUUGUGGAGAUGACAAGUGUCAGGGUUUUAUCUGGAGUAAAUUGAAAGAGGCUGUGUUUAGUUAUAAUGGUUUAUCCAAUUUGGAUAAUAGUUUAGAAUUUACACCAUGGUUGUGUUCUCUUGACUUAAGUCACAAUAAUCUCAGUAAUGUUGAAUAUUUAAGUUGUCUUCCGAAUCUUACUUUUUUAAAUUUAUGUUAUAACAAACUCGAAAAUGUACCCUAUUUAAGGGGUGAAAUUUGCACUAACCUAAAGAAGCUUAUUUUACAUAACAAUUUUAUUGAUAAUAUCAAAGAACUUUCGCCUUUGAGUAGCCUUGAAGUUUUAGAUUUACGAAAUAAUAGUUUAGUAGAAUACGGUGCCUUAGUACCACUUGGUGGCCUAUCUAAAUUAAAUAAGUUGUUUCUUAGUGGGAAUCCUAUGUCGUUUGAUUCUAAAUACAAGCAGAUAACUGUUCAAUAUUUAAACCCUACACUUUCUGGUACAAAAUUUCUGUUAGAUAGCUCCUCACUCGGUCAUGUGGAGAAACAAUUGUUAGGUACAAAAUUAUCUUAUUUACCUUCACAAAUGAGUAAUUCUCAUUUUGAUUCACUUGAUUCAUUAGCCAGUAAUAAUACUGUCAUCCCCUUUCAACAAAAUUUUCCAACAGACAAUAAUAAUUCUCAGAUGUCAGAUACCGAUGCAAGUUCUUUUACGACCACUGACAAUGAACCAGAAAAUGGGGAAAAUGAUAAUGAUGGGGAUGGUAAAAGUAUAGAUAGAUUUAAUAGAAUAUGGCCAAUUCUGGAAGAAAGGGGCGAAGUUGCGAUGAAUGAUAGUGGAAUUGUAGCAGGAAACAGGCCAGACACUCCGUCCGUAUGCAGUAUUGGAUCAGCUAGCUCUCUAAUAAAUAACGAACCAACGGGAAUUCUUGCCACCACUACUAUUUUUGCUGAUGGUUACGAAAGUGAUAUUGAAAUUUUAAGUAACCCAAGUCAAAGUAGUAUCGAAGUUUUACACAGGUUCUCAACAAAUUGCAGCUGACGAAUGUGUUCUUGUUUUUUCGUUUUUAUUUGUAGGUACUUACAUCUGAAUACAUUUCUUUUAACUAAUGUAAUAUUUAUAUAUUGUAAAGGUUCUCAGGUUAAAAUGUAUUGAAUGUGCUGAAAAUAUUUUUGCUGUACCUAUCUACUAUUUCUUUUUUGCAAAUACACCUGCUAUUUUUUAA